AUGUUAACUAUUGUCGUUUUCUUCUUCACCCUCGCGACGGGGACCCUCGCCCAGCAGGAGAUCAGCUGUUUCUGCCGCGAACAGGCAUCCAAGAAAGUCCGCGUUGACUGGACGACCUCUGCAUGCCACGACCAAGGAUAUAUGAAAGGCGAUGCUUGCAUUAUCGUAUCUGACCCCGUGCGAAACAACGAUUUCCAAAACGACUGCUUCGAGACCAAUGGAUUGCAAACUGCUGAGUGCGGCCCAUGA